AUGAAUCUCAAAACGAACAUCAAGGGAUUCCUCGUCGCGUCGUUCGUCGCGUUCGUGCUCUGUUUCGCGUCAACUGCGGAUGCCAUCGCGACGCAAGAAGUCGACAUCGUGUACGCGAACGACGACGAAUACAACAGAGAUCCCACUCGUUUAUUCUUACCGGACGUGGCGCUUCCGAACGGCACUUCCUCAUCCGGCAAAGAUGUCGGUCUCGUCGUAAUGUUGCACGGAAGAUGCAUGGACGGGAACUCCAUCGACCAGUUGAUUGAUUUAAAGAAACACGUGGACACGAGAGAGUUCAUCUUGGCCGUUCCGGAAGGCCACAGGCAAAAUUUUUGGUGCUCGACGUGUUCGAGAUCGGAUGGGAUUUUGAACACGCGCUACGGGUGCAGAACGUGGGCGGCGACGGACGCGUGCUGCGCGAGCGCGGGUCCUUUACGAGCGACUUUAGUUCGAGAAGCUUGGGAACCGUACGACGACGUGACCCACAUUUAUCAGUUAAUUGCCGCCGUGAAAAGUCAAUAUGAAAUUGAUCCGACGAGAGUGUUUGUGCUCGGAUUCGAGAACGGUGGAUUUAUGGCGCACAGAAUGGCGUGCGAACACCCCGAGAUGCUUUCUGGUAUCGUCUCUAUCAGUGGAUCGAGCUUCUUAAAUGCGAGCAUGUGCGAGGCGUUGAACACGGUGUCGUCCUCGGUGCCGUCGAACAGCUUCGUUAACGUGUUACAAAUUUCUGGACGUCUGGAUCGAGUGCCUUCGGUAAACGGCGGGAAUUUCGAGGGCGUGGACAUCCCAUCGAUCCAAACAGUCGCCGAGCGAUGGGCAUCGAGAAACGGCUGCCAAACGGAAGAAUCGGUGGUUGUUGAUGGAGCGCUGAAUUUGCGAACGAAGCUUUUCGCGAAUGCGCCGGAUACUUCCUCAGAAACGUGGACGAAUGGUACGUGCCAAGAAGGAACAGUUGUUGAGAAUUGGGUAAUCGACGGGAUGAAUACCGAUACGGCGGUUGCGAACUCGUUCACGGAUACUUUUUCAACCGCGCUCGUCGAUUGGAUGAUGAAUCACACAAAACCAACCAGCGACGCAGCUGAAACUGAUAAUGACACCGUUGCCGUCCAAUCCGGUCCACCUUCUUCCGAAGACGACGCAUCCUUUGGCGAUGUCGCAAUUAUCGAUACGUCGACUGCGUUAGACGGACGUAGUUUCGAGGCGUGCCCGUCCGAUUUUCUUCAAUGCGAGGAUGGUUCCUUUACCUCUCGUGUUUUACCGUCGUGUAAAUUCUUCUGCAAUGGUGAAGUUGUCGAUACAGAUGGCGUCUUCUGUCUUAGCAGUGAUUGUUGCGGUGCGAGCAAGACCAUUUGCGCGGAAACGAGCGCGUGCAAGGAUAUCGUUUGCGAGGAAGACAAAGAGUCUUCCUCGGCCGCGUCCGUCUCAAUCUUCUUCGCGCUCGUCGUUGUGGCGCUUGGGUUGUUGAUUUAA